AUGAAAGCUACCCUUCUAAGCUUAUUCCUCGCUGCCACUGGGGCCAGCGCCAUCCCUCUUGAGGCUCGAGCUGUGAUAGCGCAUGAUGCCGUGGUUGGCUUUCCCGAGACUGUACCAGCAACAGCCACCGGCAACUCGUAUCUGAAGUUCAAGCCAUGGCUCAAGGUCGUCAAUGGCUGCGUUCCUUUCCCUGCCGUGAAUGCUGCGGGAGAUACGAGUGGCGGUCUUAGCCCAACAGGAGAUUCUAGCGGAGGGUGCUCGAGCAGCACCGGGCAAGUGUAUGUGCGUGGCGGCUCAUACGGCAGCAUGUAUGCGAUUAUGUACUCAUGGUAUAUGCCAAAGGACUCGCCAUCGAGCGGACUGGGCCACAGGCACGACUGGGAGAAUGCCAUUGUGUGGGUGGACGACCCGACAAAGACGGAUCCCACGAUCCUGGCUCUAUCGGCAUCCGCGCAUGGCGACUAUGACACCAUUACGAGCGAUUUCGACCUGUCCGGCACGCGGCCUCUGAUCAGAUAUUACAGCGUAUGGCCUGUCAACCAUCAGCUUGGCUUCACAGACACGCAAGGCGGAGAACAGCCCCUGAUCGCUUGGGAGUCGCUGACGGAUGCUGCCCGGACAGCCUUGACCAACACCGACUUUGGCGAUGCAAACGUGCCGUUCAAGGACAGCAACUUUGAUAACAACCUAGCAAAGGCUGCUCCAUGA